CUGCGAGAAAGUGUAAUCUCGUCAGUCUUUACAGAGUUUAUACACCUUUAUAUACCUUUGAAUCACUCUUCAUCUACGGCUGUCUGGCUUCAGAGGAGAUUCACGGUCCAGUCUGUUCCUGUGCAGAUACCCGUGAACCACCAGCAAGAAACCAGAAAACUGCACUGAAACUUCCUGUGUGAGAAAUAACUCAUUCUAAAAGGAGAGGAAAGACCCACUUCACAACUUUUGGACGCAUGCUAUUUUUCAACCCUCCUUUUUUUUUGGCUGAGAAAAAGAAGUUAAUUGGGCUGUCUUGAGGAUUUCUUUUUUUGGGAAACGUUAAUUGUUGUUAAAGGACUUUUCUCAUCAUAUGACACGAAGACCGUUCAACUUAUGGGAGGUUUUUGUUCAGUUUUUGGGCUUGCAUAUCUAUGAAAUCAGAGCUAUCUCAUACUUCUGCUUUGAUCAGAAAACCACAAAUAAUUAAAUGGGCAUCUUACAAAUGUGAAGGGAAAACAUACAAAGAUAAAACCGGCAUUAUAAUGCAUCAUCCAGCAGCAUCUCUGUUUCACUAACCAAAACUGAAAAUGACAGCGAUGUAACAUAGGGUUUUACUUCCUUCAUUGUCAUGUGACUUUGAGUCUUUGAGCAUUAUUUUCUUCAAACUCAGACAGUCUUUUCACCAGUUUAAUGAGGUGAGCAGUGGUUUUCAGUGACCUCCAUUGCCAACAAAAGACUGUCUUUGAACUAAUUUUUUUUUCCUGCAUGCACUUCAGUAAAUCUUAAGAUGAUUCGGUAAAAGGUGAGUCGACGCUAAAACAUACUGGCACGCAGUGUGGCAGGACAACACCCGUUUCUUCUCUCCCCAUCUGGUGUCAAAGUGGAACUGCUAUACGAACUGCUGUCCAUGUUCCAGGGCAGACUUCUUUCACAGACCGCUUCCUAAUAUUGAUAAUAAGACAACCUGGCUCUUCCUCACCAUUGGGACUAAUCACCAGUCAAAUCAAUUCAUUUUGCCAAUCAACAUAAAGUCCAAUCAGGUUUCAAGUCUCACUCCUGACAACAGAGCAAAUGUUUCAAACAAAUUGGUGAAGAAUUCAGACAGCCCAGACUAGAAACUAGCACUUGUGACGUGAUCGGCUCAGGAGCUGCUUGGGAAUCAAGAAGGAAAACCUUUUCCCUCGUAGACCACUGCGCCUCCGCUUCAAAAUCUACUCCCUGCUCGGCCAGUUCUCUGGAUCACCAUUCCAGAUCAUUCCUGCAACCUUUUGACCCAUCUCCCAGUGUUUCAUCCUGGACGAAGGGAUCUGCCUCUGGGGAAAGGGGCUGUGCUGUCCUGGCGGAGGUGGAGAGGGGGUUGUCGGUGUGCUGCUCCCCGUCUGUCAGUGCACGCACUCUGUGAUCAGUGCCAUCAGGCCUGAGGAACCGAGCCCAGCCGGACCGAGAGAGGAGGCAGAGGACUUCAGAGCCACAGACUCUGGGAUCCUGGCCAUGAGGUUUGAUGCCUCGAUCCACUGACCGGAAACACUGGACCUAAAUGGCGCAGCAUGACUUUGUCCCUGCCUGGCUUAACUUCUCCACACCCCAGCCUGCCAAGUCCCCUGCUGCCAACCUUGAAAAACAAGGUGAGCCCCACCACCACAGAGACGGCAGAACCGCUGUGAGCCGCCGCCGCCACAACUCGUCUGAUGGCUUCUUCAACAACGGCUCCCUGCGUGCUCCAGCAGGUGACGGUUGGCAGCAGCCCUCUCUGCUUCUGAGACAUGACUCUGUGGACUCGGGGGUGGCCAAAGGAGGACAUGGUGGGCUGGCAGGGGGCUCGUGUUGGAAGGAAACACCCAGCUGGCAUGGAGCUCUGCGGGGCGCCCAGGAUGGCCACCACCACCAGGGACGCCACCCCAAACGGGGAGGGGGCGACAGGGACAGGCAGGGGGGGCACCGGCAGCGCAAUGGUAACUUCCAUCCCCGCAAGGGCACCUCGUACCAGGACAAGUUCCCCAACGAGGAACGCAAAGACGGCAAGGACGACAAGCUGAAGUUUGUGGAGGAGGACUUUCCUUCCCUCAACCCUGAAACAACUGGAAAGCCUGGGACUCAGAUGAGAGCAGUGGCUCCCCAUGCUGGAGUGUGGGAAAACCCCCCGAGUGGCAAACAGAUGGUGUCCAAAAUGCUGGUUAUCAAGAAGGUUUCGAAGGAAGACCCCAGCACAGCCUUCUCUGCGGGGUUCGCCAGUGCAGGCACCCUGCCCACCAACGGCAGCAAAGCUCCCAUUGCAGGCUCCAGCGUCUACAAGAACCUGGUCCCAAAGCCUGCCGUGGCCCCCACCAAAAGCACCCAGUGGAAACCCAGUGGUAGAGAGAUCACUAAGUCUGGCCUUCACAUGCCAGGCCGAGAUUCAGUCUUCACCAGCCCCGUCUCUGCAGCCAAACCCAGCACCCCAGUCAGUGCGCCACAGCACAACACCCCGAAAGAGCACCCUUCCAGCACGACUCCUCCCAUAGACAUCGCCCCGUCGAGACUGAAGCUGAUGCGCCGUGGUCCGGACCGCAAGAGCGAGUUCCUGCGAGCUCUGAAGGACGAGGGCACAGGAGAGCUGACAACAAGCAGCAGCCCAGGAACAUCAGGAGAGGGUGAAAGCAGCACCCCAGAGCCCAAAGCCUACAGCGAAGAAGUCUGCCAUGAGAAUGGUCUCUCCUACUCCCUCAGUGACUCAGACACUGAACACCUGUCCAGCUCCCUGGAGGCAGAGCACAGGUUGCUAAAGGCCAUGGGCUGGCAGGAGUACCCAGAAAACGAUGAUAACUUCCUGCCUCUGACAGAGGACGAGCUGAGAGAGUUCCAGACUAAAACUGAACAGCUGAAGAGGAACGGCAUGCAGAGGAACGGGGUUCUCCCGAGGGCGCGGGGUGUGACCCUCCACUUCACCCCCUGGAGGAGUGUGGCGGAGGCGCACGUCGAGGAGGGCUCCGAGUCCGAAACCAGUAGCAGCAGCCAGACCUCUGACGAUGACGACUGCAUCAAAUCCUAACGUGGCUUUACGGAACAAAAAAAACAAAAAAAAACCAACACACAACAGCCAACACCACAUCCCAGCAAGCAAUCUCCCCUCUUCCUCUCUCAUCUUUGUUUUUAGAGCACCAUUUUGAAUUUCUUUUGUUUUGAUUUUUUUUGUUGUUGUUCUUGCACAAGGGAAAAACCAAUCAUAUCCCAGUGAAGGGGGAGAUUCCUGCUCCGCCAGACGUCGUUUUCCCUGCGUUUCCUCCUUCACUGCAGUCCCUGCCCUCUAUGACCCCCCCCAACCCCCACCCUCCUCCCCUUCUUCCUUUUUCUUCCUCGCUUUGUGGAACUGAAGUGUUCAUCAAGAAAAGAAGGGCAAUGAAUGCACACUUGAUUCUGCUUUAAACAGACUAACUCAUUUCAUUGAUGAUGCUGAUGACACAUUAUUAAUGAUAUUAAUAAAAAUUGGUUCCUGACAAGCUGAUAUGUUUCAAUAUGAA